ACACGCACUUCGUUUAAACCAUCUCAGAAAAAAAAAUUCUUUAUUUUGUUUUUAGGUUAUUAUCUACAUCCCGUAAAACAGAAAUCUUUACAAUUAUGAUUUCUCAAAAUAAUCUCCUAAAACGUUCCUGGCUUAUAAUUAUACAAUGCGCGGAAGCACAUAGAAAACCUCGUUGGUUGCCGGUCGCUAAAAGUAAAAUAUAUCGAAUUCCGAAACGUCCAGAGAUCAGUGAAGAAGAACGUAUAGAGCUAUUACGAAUAAAUAACAACUAUAAAACACAGAUGCGAGCAAUCAGGAGGUUUUAUCAUGAGGAAAUGAUCAAAGAAAAAUCUACUCGCAGCAGUUCCAGUUCGGAGAUGUCCCAAAAAUUAGAAGCUGAAGAUUGGGAGCAAUGUGUAAAAAUAAACGACAACUGGAACGCUCAGGUCGCUCUGGAACGCGAAGAGAGGAGAAAGAACGAACUGGCCAAAAUGGAGGAAUAUGCAUUAGCUCGAAUGGAAGCUAAGGAUAGGGAGUUGAAAGAAAAAAUUGAAAAAGUUUCCCAAGAAAUUAGAAUACAAAAGGAAUUGAGCAAAACCUUUAUAACACCAGAGAACCUGGAUGAGGCAAUAGAUCAUGCCCUCGCUAAUCCAAUUGAUUAUAAUUUCGCCAUAGAUUUACAUGGUAAUCAGUUUAUGGGAAAAGAAACUCCAGCGAACCCACCUAAAGAUACAGCUGCGAAAUCUGUAUAACAUCACACUCACAUAUUGUUCAAAAAAUAAAUAUAAUAGGGAGUUAUUUAUGUUAAAUAUAAAUAAUAUUUGUUAUUUGUAUGUAGUACUCUAAUAUUAAAAUUAAAAUAGGUAUAUUGUAAACUAUUUCAAU